AUGCUCGUGUGUAUCGACUACCGAUGCAAACGGGUUAAUUUGAAACGCCUCCGUAGAGGAGAGCGAGCCGAGCUGAUCAAUCUGUUGCCUAUUCUGGAAGGCCUGGAGGUGAAGUUUCGGUCGACCCAUCUGCAGGGUAUUCGUAGUGCAUCACAGCUGAGUGAGGCGUUGAUUGAGCGAUGGAAGGGAGAUAUGUCGAAAGCGCAGAUGUUGAGGUCGGUUUGCCGAAUGACUCCUAUAAGAUCCCUCACCAACAUCACGUGUAGCCUCACUGAGCUCCUAUCUCUGCCCCUAUUACAAUAUCGCUACGCCUCGCCGAUCGAUUCGGUGGCUAGAGACCCUAGGACUGGGAGGCGGCUAGGGUGGUGGAGGCAACUGUCUGAAUUUGCUACGUGUUUGACGGUUGAGUCCUUGACGUCUAUCGAGAGAGCUGUGUCAACCACUCAGACUGUGCUGGAAACAGCAUCGCAGUUGGUGGGGACCAAGGCCAGCGGGGUGGACCGGUUGUCGUCAUCUGUUGCGAUUGAGGACGACUAUGAUGAUGACGAUGAGGAGGAGGAGUGGUUAUCAGUUGAGCGUGGAGCGGUACGGGAUAGGCUUUUCGCACCGAGUGACCGAGUGGAGCAACUUCAAUUUGUGACUCAGCGAUUGUCGAGAGAAAUUCAGAACGCUGGAAGGGACGCCCUCAUGGGUCCAUUACAGGAGUAUGCUCAUGGUCGGGCUACAACGGAGAGUGUUGUUGUGUCAAUGGCACGAGGAGUGCCUCUUUGUAUUCUACGUCCAGCCGCAGGGGCAACUGAGGUGGUGUCGGCAGCGUUGAGGACGGCGACGAGCUCCCUUGAUAAGGGCAAGUCGGAACGGGAACGCGAAAGGAAGUGA